UUGAAACCACGUAGGUUAGCUUGUUAUCGUAGUGCCUGAGAACAUUUAUGGUCAGGUAUGAAACGCAGGUAGCCGGAACGUUUGCAAUACUAAUUGAUAUAAAUGUCCGUUGGGCUGCAAUCUCCAAAUUAACCGUUUAUCAAUUGCAUGCGAAUAUUUUCGCGAGUUACACGGGGGCCGUUUGUCUUUUUCCCCUUUCUAGGUGACAUAUCCGCGGCAAGCAGUCACGCCAACUUGCGAGCCAAGUGGCACUGUAGGGUUGGCUUCCCCCAACCAUGGACGACCAGUCGAAGCAGUCCGAACGCCCGCGCCGAAGCUCCUCGGAAGCUGGAAUAUCAGGUGACAAAGGGGCCAAAACAGCUCCACUUCCUUCGGCACCGGCAAAGUCUCUCGCUCCUACUGCAACAACCGAGAAGCACAGGGCGGGACCCCCAUUGCUCCCGGACAGCAGCGGGCCUCCGCCUACAGCCAAUGGAAUCCCUGCUGCAAGUCAGGUUCCGACAGUAGAGCCUCCCGAUCCAGCAGGCGUACGCCAGCCGGCGGCUGGUCCUAAAGAUGGAGCCAAACAGCACGUAGACACUGGUACCCAAGUUUCGGCCACGACAGCGCAAGGUCGAAUCUGGCGACGCCGCCGAAAGAAGCACUCUUCGCGUAAGUCGAGGAAGGUUACGGAAGCACAACCCGAUUCAACUUCGCGCCGAGAGAAGAAGCGUCGCUCUAAAAGGCGCAAAUCAAAGGCGGCCGCCGCCGAAGCUAGCGCUGUAGCCGCUAACGAAAAGCGACAGCCUGGCGCAGUUGCAACACUCACCGCCGCAGACGCUCAAGGCAAUACGGGUGAGCAACCGGCAGCAGCGCAAACCGUCCAAGACUCACAAACUGCUGACGUUGGCGGUGACAACGAACAUCAGCAGAAGGAAGGAAGCGAAAGUUCCUAUUCGAGGCCGAACGACCGGUCUCGAGAGUCAGCAAGCCACGCAGAUAGCCCGUGCGAUGCCGCCAAACCAGGCACUGUCGGUGCCGAACAAAUGACUAUAGAAGCGUCCGAAGGCCAAAUAGAAAGCGUAGCUUGCGGUAGAACGGAGAGCAACAAGACAAGCAAAUCUCGCGGCACAGUGACGGUGCGUUCGCCUACCUUAACGGCACAGCCACCUUACGUCAAGUGGAGACAUGGCGGUGGAGCAGCAAAGGCGUCUGGUGCCGACGAGGGAACUGCCUUCGAACGCCACGGCAAGAGAAGGUUGUCUACGUAUUCUUACACUACGCUGCAGGAGCUGGCGACUUCGCUGAAGACCUACACGACGCCGGCGCGAUUGGUCACGGUCAGCCAGCGGUCCAAUCCGGAGUCUCAGAACCUCGACAACGAGAUGAAGUACCUGCCGUUCCUGCUCCUGUUCGCGGCCGUGUUCGUGUCCAUCGUGGCGCUCCUCUUGUGGUUCAUGGGCGCCACGUUCCAGCACCACGCGCAGGGCGUCUGCGUGUCCCACGCGUGCGCCGAACUGGCGGCGGCGUUCGACGGCGUGCUCAACUACAGCGUAGACCCGUGCGACGACUUGGACGCGUUCGUCUGUUCCAAGGGUCUGCGCCAUGGAUACGGAGCCAGAGGCGGAGGCCGCGGUGCGCUGAGCGUCGUCGAGCAGGUCAUCCGGGACUACGAGCUGCAGAUGGUCAAGCUGUUCGUUGACGGGGACACCGCUUUCGCGGCGUCCGGAAUGGUGGCAGAGUUCUUGCAGGAGUGCAGCAAUGGCCGCUACGAGAAACCGCCGUCCGUCGAAAGCUUCCGCGAGUUCUUCGAGUACGUGUCGGUGCCGUGGCCUUUCGACCCGCCAGGGGGCGGCGGCAGCAACAACGGCAGCGCGGAAGAGGUGCAUCCCUUGGAGGCCGUCCUGGACCUCAGCCUCAAGUGGGGCGUCGACACCUGGUUCCGCGCCUACGUCCACGUGGUGGGCCGCGCUCGGCUGUCCUCCAACUUCAGCCACUUGCCGGCACUGUUCAUCGAGAGUGUUGAAAAAGUCAUCCUGGUUUCCAUCGCACACGGUCAAAAGAGCCUGGGAGCAUUCGACUCGUUCCUGCUUUUGGAAAGGUUCGCGGGUGGGGAUGAGCUUGCGAGUGGUGCCUCUGCCCCGCGUGUUUUAUCUACACAGACGGGUGCGCGGGCUUCGUCGUGGCUCAACUUCGUGCGGACUCUCGAUUCCAGCGACAGCCGCGGGAAGUACUACAGGUUGUUUUACUCGCACUACAAUGCCACCACACCGGAGCCGGAAAGCAUUGCGAGAGAGCUGGCCGUCGAGAAAGACGUGCUCGUCGCACUGGACGCCGCACGAUCGCCCGGAACCGCACCCAGGGCCGUCGUCGCCUCCAUCGCCACUAUCGCGGACGCCGUUGCCAACACCACCUUGGAGAACUGGCUCAACCCUGUCGUCGACGCGCCCGGGGGCCGUUCAGCGGACUCCAGUACGAUGGCAGCCGUGCAAGACGUGCGCGUUCUGCGUGCCAUCCAGCACCUGACGAGCACUUACACCGCGGCGGUUCUGAUGAAGCACCUGUCCUGGUGGUUGGUGCAGAUUCUCACCGUGAUCGGCUGGCCCCAGGGGUACGUGGCGAUUGCUGGAAGUCAAGAGGUUAUCACGUGGCCACCUGACAUGUACGAAUCCAAUGCUACGCUUUCGGCCUUGUACGCGGGCUUCUGCAGCAUGUGCAGCGAAAGCGCCGAGUCCAAAGGCGGCACAGCAGCGGAGGCGCCGCCGACCAAGUCGACCGUGCGUCCCCUGCUUAUGGACUACUGGUGGCAGGUCAGCAGGAAGUUCUGGGACCUGUCCCUCGAACAGCGCGAACGCAUGCAGUGGCUGUGGCAGGAGCACCAGUUCGAGCUCCUGCGCUACGAGCCGUGGAACAACCGCAUGCGCGUGUCUCACGCUGCCCUGAGCAGCCUGCUCUACCGCCCGGAGAGCACCGCCCGGCGCCCGGCCAACUACGGCGGCCUCGGAGCGGCCUUCGUGCUAAACGCGCUGCAGAUGUUCGAGCUACCGGUUAGUGCUGGGACGAGCGCCUUUCUUUACUCCGCGAGAGUGCGAAAUUCGGCCAGGACUGAUCUACGAUGGCUAUUCAAGUAUACGCGAAUAGCCGAACCGCGUGAUGUAUGUACGGGGCUGGAUGGAUGGAUGUAUGUUAGGAGCGUCCCCUUUGGAACGGGGUGGUGGGUUGCGCCACCAAGCUCUUGUUGUGUUGCCUGAUGCCUGAAAGAAGAAAAGAAAAAGAAAG